AUGAAGAGUCUGCAGACCAUCGGAGCGGUGUCUCUGCUGCUGCUGCUCAUGGGGGCUCACAUCGACGGGUACAAGCCGGUUAUCCUCGUCCACGGGGUGUUUGAGGGAACAGGUCAUUUUGAAAAAUUGACUGAAUUCAUUACACAGGUAGGACAGCUCAAAAGAGCUCAUGUGUGUACCUAGUUUUAUUGAAAUUUGUUUUAGAUUAUAGAGAAGAUAUUUGAUAUCACACUGUAAAAACACUGUUUUUGUCCUCAGUAAAAUAAAUUCUCCAUUAGAAGUGUUAGCAAACCAAAAAAGUGCUUGUAAUGCAACAAUAAGAUAAGCUAGAGUAUAAAUAAGAUGUUUUCAGAACUGAGAAUCAUAGAAAUUAUAACUUUAUGAAAUCUAGAAUAAACACAUUAUUAACUUUUAUGAAUAUAAUAUAUAAUAAUAUGAGAGUUAUGCAUUUCUAAACCCAGAAUUAAAGAGCUGCUGUUCUUUCUUUUGCAUUAGGUGUACUACAUUAUAAACUGUCCCUUUAUAAAUUUUACGCUUACUGCUUAUAACACUUCAUAAACAUUGCUAUAAGCUGUUAUGAAUAUUCACUUCCACUCAUAAGUACUGUAAUCAGGCCUUAUAGAUGCAUUUAAAGGGUUUUAUGAAUGUGCUUUUGAUGCAUGAUAGGAAGUGGGUUCAUAUUGUCCACACUGUCUCCUUCACUGCUGCUAUUAAACAAAAAUUGUCUUUAUUUUUUUCCUGUCACUAAAUAGUUUGUCUUUGAUUUUGGUUUCAACUAUGAGCUGUUUGAACUUGUCGAUUAACCUUUCUUUAGUUUAAACUCUACGCUGAGGAGGUAGAAAAAGAAGAAAGUGGAUUACGUUAUAAUCUGUAUUUUCAAAGAGUAUGGAGGUAAACGCCCCUGAAUGUUGACAUGUAGUGGGGUGAAAUUAUAAAAUAGAACUAAAUGAAAACAUGAAAUGAAAGAACGGGUGUCUUUGUCUUUGCAGGUGAGUCCUGUAAAAGAGUUCAUGUGAUGCAUCAUGAGAAGUCAUCAGUGAGAUAGAGAUUUAAUGAGUGAUUACUGCCUUUUCUCUGCUGUUCUCACUUUCUGUUUGUGUUUUUCUUUUUUUUUCAGGCGCAUCCAGGCACUGAGGUCCAUGUCAUCAGUUUGUUCAAUGACUUGCAGAGUUUAACGCCAAUGUGGAAGCAGGUCCGUGGCUUCAGGGAGAAAAUCAAGCCAAUCAUGCAGAAAUUUCCUGAUGGGGUUCAUCUUCUGUGCUACUCACAAGGUCCUCCUUCUCACUCAUAACACACUCAGCUGAACACUUUUGAGCUCCCGAGGAGAUGAAACAAUCCGAAGGGUCAUGCUUUGAUACUCAAUAUUUGUUAAGAUUGAUUACCCUUUGACCAUUUUUUGUCCCCUUUUUUCUAUCAGGUGGUCUAAUUUGUCGAGGGCUUCUCUACAAAACUGCACGCCACAACGUGGACACCUUCAUUUCACUGUCAUCUCCACAAGCUGGGCAGUACGGAGGUCAGAGGGCGUCCUUUUAUACUUUGAGCAUGUCAACAGUGUCAUUUUAGGACUCUAGUUGUAAAGGUUCUUUUAAAUUGACAGACAUUAAUGAUCUGAAAGCAAAAAUUAAUAAAAAAAGUUGUGAAAAUGAAUUUUUUAAAAUGUAAACGAACACAAUUUAAUGGCCUUCAAUUCAUUUAAACCCAAAAGACUGAGCAAUAUAUAUGAUUUAAAAAGAAAAAAAGUUAUUGGUUGAUAAACAAAAAAACUUGUGAAAUAUAAAAAAAUGGGGGAACAUCUCACAUCUAAAAUGAUGUUAACUUUCAACAGGCUAGUAACAGGACUAAUACAUCUCAAAACUGGGCAGUACGGAGGUCAGAGGGUGUCCUUUUAUACUUUCAGCAUGUCUACAUAACACUCACCCUUCAGGGAACAGUGUCAUAAAAAAAACUGUAAAAGAAUAAAGACUGGGAAAUAUAUCAGAUGUUUAAAGUAAAAAUUAAAGUUAUUACUCAAUGAAAAACUUUUGUAAUAUUGAAAAAAGGAAAAAGAUGGAGGAACAUCACCCAGCUACAGUUAUAUUAACUUUCAACAGGACUAAUGCAUUUCAAAGAGGCAGAAUGUUUUAUAUGUAAAGAUGUUAAGAGAUUAAUGCUCUGUGAGAGACUGUGUGAGCAAAUAGUUCAACAGUUUCCAACAAUGUUCAUGCAUUUAAAAGAAGUGUGUCGGUGGCAAAGUUAAAAGGAGAUCAUAUUUUCAAUAAAACUACAGUUUCAGUUCCAACAUUAUCACAAAGUCUUUGUACGGUUUUUAAUUAAAUUUAGACUUUAAAUGUUUUGCAAAACCCCAAAAUUCUGUUUCAUCAUUUUUUACGCAGCAUCUCACCUAUUUUGGAAGUUUGAUUGUAGAUCUUACAUUAAAAAAUAUAAAACAAUAAUAAAAUAUUUUACUGUCUUUUUCCCACAGCAACAGAAUACCUGCAAUUUCCUUUGUUACCCCCGUUGAAAGAGUUCGUGUUUAAUUUCUGCUACAACACUUUUGGACAACACUAUUCCAUCUGCAACUACUGGAAUGGUGAGAAUGGGAGGGGUCUGCAAAUAUUUGAUAAGCAGAUAGUUGAGUAGAGUUAUUCUUCUGGUCCAAUUUGAAUAGUUUGUGCUCGACUUUAUAGAUGUUUGGCUCUACAUCAGCAGGCAGCAAGUGUCUGGUGUGUUCAUUCUUAUUCAGUAGCAAAUUUAAAGCCACCAGCAUCUGUAGCAGCCAUCUUAGCUUCUUUCAGAAGCCCAUCAUCAUAUUCAUCUGUCACUAAAUUGCUAAAUUGUAUAAACAGUCAUGAGUGGCCUGAUCAGCUCCAGGUCAGAUGGAAAUCUUUCUUGAUUCAUCUCCCGGAACAUAAGAAAGCUGCAGAUUACUCUGUUUCAUUGACAUUAAUAUCUACUUUACCUUACCUCCUGGUUUGUACGGUAGGUGUGUAAAGACCUGAAUCUUUCUCUGCAGACCCUCAUCGCAGGUCCAGGUACCAGAAGAGCAGCGCCUUUCUGGCCCCGAUUAAUGGUGACAGACCACAUGAAAAAAUGAAAGGUAAUGACUGAAGUACUUUAACAGGCCGUAGUUUUUCAUUUUUUUAGUACAGUAAAAAAGUAAAUUCAUGGAUUUCUCCUCAGUGUGGAAGAAAAACUUCCUGCGCAUCAAGAACCUGGUUCUGAUUGGAGGACCAGAUGAUGGCGUCAUAACACCGUGGCAGUCCAGGUUUUAACCCCAUCUAAGCUUUACAAAUAAAAAAAACUUCCUUAUCGCAAACAAUACAAUUUGUCCGAACAGGGAAACAAAACACCUCCUAUCAGUAAAUCACUUUCCAUGGAUUAAUAUCCAAAUGUUCCACUUAGAUUUGAGUUUUUCUAAACAGUUAAUAAUAAUGACUUUGAUAUUUAUUUUACUUUUUGGAUGAGCAUAAUUUAAUCUUUAUAAACUUAAGCUCGUGGCAAUGUCAUACUCAAUUGUACGUACUAGUCCUUUACAUUCCUUAACCAUUUGGCCUUUUUCACAGUAUGCGGAAGUUAGCAUUCUGUUCACUUCCGGUGUUAGCGUGUGGUGGAGCCACUCAGCAUCGCCCAUAGACGGCCAUUCAUUUGUCAAGAUAUUAACAAGCUCACUCCUCGUUUUUUUGACUGGUAAUGUCAAAUUUUAUGCUUUGUGCUGUUUUAUUAACUCAUGUUCUUCAUAAUACUGUCCGGAUUUUGUACUUUAUUAUUCGGGAAUUAUGUUUAAUAGGUCAUUACUGAAGAGCAAUGGUUACCAUUAUCAGAAAAUUUCCAGACCAAUAAACAUAAUUUCCGAAAAGUAAAGUACAAGAUCCGGACAAUAUUUUGAAGAACAAGAGUUGGUAAAACAGCACAUAGCAUAAAAUUUGACAUAACAUUUCAAAAAAACGAGUCGCGAGCUUGUUAAUAUCGUGAAAAAUGAAUGGCCGUCUAUGGGCGAUGCUAAGUGGCUCCACCACACGCUAACACCGGAAGUGAGCAGAUGCUGACUUCCGCGUACUGCGAAAAAGGUCUAUUGAGAAACUUUUGGGUUGUAUUGAAAUUGGCGCCCCCUUGUGGAUAAAAUGAUCCAUCCUUACCUGGUCUCCUACAUAUUUCAGCCGUUUUUAUUUUUAUUUUUACCGAAAAAAUUCAUCAUGCUGAUUUUUUUUCCAGCGAAAUGUUUCUUUAAUUGUGAAUAAUUUAUGGAAAUUUUGAAAAAACAGCUGUUUCGUCUUUCUCAAUCGACACUUUCCCCUUCUCACGAGUUUCAGGCAUUAAAAUUUAGGAUAUAAAAAUAGUCUGUUUUGUUGCUGAUGGCCUUGUAUGCUCUUGGAUGUCAUUAAAAAGACUUGAUGUGAAUUUCAGUGGGUUUCCCAAGAGUGAAAAACCCCUGUAUUACAUGGGUUAUAAAUAACUCGUUCAGCCAAAUUUAUAUAAACUUUUUAAUUUUCUCUUGUUGGGAAAUUUAAAAGCUCCUAAAUCAAAUUUACACUUUGAAAGUGUCUCAGAUCAAGUAGAAAUAGUUUCUAUUACACAGCCUUUAAUAUUUGUGUUUGGUGCAAAGGUUUCAUGUUAUCUGUACCUGGAAUGACUGUUUCCUCUUUUCUGCUCAGCCUCUUUGGAUUCUAUGACAAGAAGGAAAACAUGGUAGAAAUGAAGGACCAGAGGGUGAGUUUUAAACGAUCUAUCACUACAGUUUUUUCUCAAUUUACGCCCCUAUCACUUUAGUAUUACUGCAAAACCAGUCUGCAUGUGGCAGAUUUAGGUAACUUGUCUCUCUCUUUGUCUUUUUUCUCAAAGUUUUACAGGAAGGACUUGUUUGGACUGAAGACCCUGGAUGCUCGUGGGGGGAUAUCGACGUGUGUUCGCCCUGGGGUGCAGCACCUCUUGUGGCACUCAAACCUCACAGUGUUCAACGACUGCAUCGAGAAGUGGUUGACAUAA